GGAGUCGGGCUGGGAUUUUCUGACGCCGUAUGUUUUUCUUAAAAAUAUCUGUUUUUCAUACAUUGUUGGGGUCCGUCAACCGUGCGCGAUCGGCGCCGUAAGCGGCAGUGGAAAUGAUGAACUCCAGUGUCGACCUGUCCCGGAGGAAUCCGCAGGAGGAUUUCGAGCUGAUCCAGAGGAUAGGAAGCGGCACUUAUGGGGAUGUGUACAAGGCUCGUAAUGUAAACACAGGGGAGCUGGCUGCUAUCAAAGUCAUCAAACUGGAACCGGGUGAGGACUUUGCUGUUGUCCAGCAGGAGAUUAUAAUGAUGAAGGACUGUAAACACUCCAACAUUGUGGCCUAUUUUGGCAGUUAUCUCCGGAGAGAUAAGCUAUGGAUCAGUAUGGAGUACUGUGGGGGAGGCUCUCUGCAGGAUAUCUAUCACUUAACCGGGCCUUUGUCAGAGUCACAGAUAGCCUACAUGUCACGGGAGACCCUGCAGGGUUUGUACUAUCUACAUAAUAAAGGCAAAAUGCACAGAGACAUCAAGGGAGCCAACAUCCUCCUGACAGACAAUGGCUAUGUGAAACUAGCCGACUUUGGGGUGUCAGCCCAGAUCACAGCAACUCUAGCCAAGAGGAAGUCAUUCAUUGGAACUCCUUACUGGAUGGCUCCAGAGGUAGCAGCAGUGGAGAGGAAAGGAGGUUAUAACCAGCUGUGUGAUAUCUGGGCUGUGGGCAUUACUGCAAUAGAGCUGGCUGAACUGCAGCCACCUAUGUUUGACCUGCACCCCAUGAGGGCUCUGUUCUUAAUGACUAAGAGUAAUUUCCAGCCUCCUAAGUUGAAAGAUAAGAUUAAAUGGACAAACAACUUUCACCAUUUUGUCAAACUAGCUCUGACCAAGAACCCAAAGAAGAGGCCCACAGCUGAGAAGCUGCUGCAGCACCCCUUUGUGUCCCAGCCUCUCAGCAGGACGCUGGCAAUAGAGCUGCUGGACAAAGCCAAUAACCCUGACCACAGCACCUUCAACGACUUUGAUGACGACGACCCCGAACCAGAGUCUCCGGUCUCUGUUCCUCACCGCAUUCGUUCCACCAGCAGGAGCACCAGGGAAGGAAAGACGUUGUCAGAGAUUAACUUUGGUCAGGUGAAGUUUGAUCCUCCAUUGAGAAAGGAGACAGAACCCCAUCAUGAACCGCGUGAAUCUGAGCCCUAUCUGGACUGUGUUGAGGAGCUCUACUAUACCGCGAGAUCUAAUCUGGACUUGCAGUUGGAGUAUGGGCAUGAUUCACCAAGUCUACUGGGAGGAAACAAGAGUCUUCUCAAAUCUGUGGAGGAGGAGCUACAUCAAAGGGGCCAUGUGGCACACUUAGGGGAUGAUGAGGAUGAGGAUGAUGAUGGUGCAGAUGAUGAUGAAACUCACACUCAUAAAUCGAGCACUAUCAUGAGACCAAAGGUCCCACCCCCCCUUCCUCCCAAGCCCAAGUCCAUCUGCUCGUCACAGCCGCAGCAACAGCUAAAACAUGAUGAUAGCCAAUCACACAGCGAGGACGACGGCGGAGGGGGAGGGACCAUCAAACGCUGUCCAGUACCAGAGACGCAGAGCCCCGCCAAGCCCGCCUCCAACGUCCCCCCGCGGCCCCCGCCCCCGAAGCUGCCGCCCCACCGCCGCAGCAGCCUAGGUAACGAGAGCUUGAAGUGCACGGACGUCGAAAACUCUGCCCCAGAGGAUGAUGGGAGCUUUAGACAUUUCUGGGAGUGGCUCCACACGCCUCACACAGAGGAGGAGCUGGAGGAGGCGUGGGAGGUGCUGAAGGAGGUGAAAGAGGAGCAGGAAAAAGAGGAGGAAGAGAGCAAUGGGCUGAACUCUUCACACAAUGGAGAGAGGGACAGUCCAGCAGAGAGACAGUCCACCAUGCCACCUAGUGUCCCCAUACGGAAAGACAAGAAGGACGUGCCGAAGCCUAUCAGCAAUGGCCUCCCACCUACACCCAAAGUCCAUAUGGGUGCAUGUUUCUCCAAGGUGUUCAACGGCUGCCCUCUGAAGAUCCACUGUGCCACUUCCUGGAUCAACCCUGACACCAGAGACCAGUAUUUGAUAUUUGGAGCUGAAGAGGGGAUUUACACACUAAACCUUAAUGAGCUGCAUGAGACAUCAAUGGAGCAGCUCUUCCCUCGACGCUGCACCUGGCUGUAUGUCAUGAACAAUUGUCUUCUUUCCAUAUCUGGAAAAGCCUCCCAGCUGUACUCUCAUAAUCUGAGUGGUCUGUUCGAACAGGCCAGACAGUUACAGAAGUUACCAGUAGCCAUUCCCACACACAAACUGCCUGAUAAGAUGAUUCCCAGGAAGUUUGCUGUGUCCAAUAAAAUUCCAGACACUAAAGGGUGCCAAAAGUGCUGCGUAGUGCGCAACCCGUACACAGGCCAUAAGUACCUAUGUGGAGCCUUUCAGUCCAGUGUCAUGCUGUUGGAGUGGGUGGAGUCCAUGCAGAAGUUCAUGCUCAUCAAAAACAUCGACUUCCCGUUGCCAUGUCCAUUGGAGGUCUUUGAGAUGUUGGUGGUCCCGGAGCAGACUUACCCUCUGAUCUGUGUGGCGGUCAGUAAAGGAACCGAGCUCAACCAGGUGGUCAGGUUCGGCACCGUCAACCCCAAUUCUACCUCCUCCUGGUUCACAGAAGCAGACACACCACAAACGUGUGUGAUCCACGUCACGCAGCUAGAGAGAGAUACUAUCCUAGUCUGCCUCGACAGGUGUAUAAAGAUAGUGAACCUCCAAGGCAGAUUGAAAUCCAGCAGGAAGUUGUCAGCUGAGCUCACCUUCAACUUCCAGAUCGAAUCCAUAGUUUGUCUCCAAGACAGCGUGCUGGCUUUCUGGAGGCACGGCAUGCAGGGAAGGAGUUUCAAGACCAACGAAAUCACCCAGGAGAUCUCUGACAAUACACGCAUCUUCAGACUACUGGGAUCGGACAGAAAUGCUGACUCUAGAGAUCCAAACGACAGAGACCUCGCUAUGCCCAGGUACACUCGCUGGCCACAACCGGCCCAAAACUCUACCUCUUUCUAUCGGGAAUCUGCACCUCUAUUUAUUGAUCGGGAACAUCAAGGCUGUUUGAGAGGAAGAGAGAGUGUGUGUCUGAGGAAAUAUACCAACAUCUUUUAAGAUUUUACCUGUUGAGUAAUGAGAGCAUAAACACCAAUAUUAUCUGUAUGAGUAAUUUCUGUGCAUUUUUUGUCUGGUAUUGGCAAAACUUGCACAGAAUCUAAUAGUUUUGAGCUGCUCAGGAACUACUUUGGUAUAGACUGGAUCAUUUUGGUUUCUGCCUUCUUAUUACUCAACAGUGUAAUCUCGCUGAUUUAUGAUGUGUGAAUGUGUGAGCCUUUGAAACAAAAUUAACAGCUUUCUCACAUUUUUCCUCAGGGAGUAUACUUUGUGAAGGGCUUAGUGUCAUCUCCCUCUGCUGCCUUUUUUCAAUAUACAAAUAACAGGGCUUUUAUAGGCUUUGACCAUAUCCUGUGUGGGUUGCUGGCUGUCUAUACAAAAUGCUCCAAUAUAUCCUGAGUCUUUACUAUGUCUCCAUUCUAUUGAUUGCUCAGAUUUGUAUUUAUUUUAUCAGGGGAAAAAACUAAUGCUAACUGCUGAAGAAGGCUGGGCUGUUCAUUUUUCUGGGAUUUACAAGCAAAAUUAAGACUGAUUGAAUGUUUUGCUUCCUUUCCUUGAAACUAAACAUGAUGGUGUGUGUGUGUGUGUGUACCUGUGUGUGUGUGUGUACCUGUGUGUGUGUGUGUGUGUUUUGCCUGUGUGUGUGUGUUUGUAUUACAGGGUGGUGGUGCUGGAGAGUCGGCCUACAGACAACCCAACAGCCCACAGCAACCUCUACAUCCUGGCAGGCCAUGAAAACAGCUACUGAGACACACACACGUACACACACAAGUGAACACACUCUCUAAACAGCCUACCACUAAUGCAAAUGAGGGAGUGAGCAACCCGGGAGACACACUCACCCCCCUCCCCACAACCAUACCGCUUACCCACCCAAACCUCCACCUUCUCACCCGGGCCUGUCUGCAAGUGUGACUGGGAGACAAGCAGUUUUGUGGGUGCAGAUGUGGAUUUCCAGUUUAUUGAAAAUGUGCCGCAGUGUUACAUGUGUGUUAGUUAAGUGUGUUGUAGAACGGCAGAGGGUUGUUGACCAGUUUCUGACAAGGCGAGGGCUUAAAAGAAAAGCUGGUCCGAGACUAAGAUUCUGCUCCUAAUGGUUGAAUUUGGGUAGAAAUAGUCUGAAAGUCUGAUCUCUUCUCUGCACUGUUAAAGAGCGACUUCAACCUAGAAUCCUUCUUGAUACCACCCACCUUCCCCCUGCAUAAUGCAUACUGGGAAAAAUCGCAUCCAGCACAGAAGUUUGACUUCAACACUACUUCUACUACUAGUUCUACACAUACUACUACUACUACUGCUACUGCUACUAGCGCUAGAGCUUCACAGAAGAGCCAUCUUGCACAGAAAACCUUCCCUCCUCUUGUUCUUUGUUCUUUCAUCUGUCUCCUCCUUCCUUUCCUUCCUUUUUUAAAAACAAAAAACAAAAAAAAACUACACCUUUAUUUAUUGUGGCAUGAUGUAACUUUAACAACCAGGAUGGCUUUCCUGUUUUACGUGUUUUAAGAAAAAAAAUAAGAAAAAAAAGGAUAAAAAGAGAAAACAGACUAAAAAGCUUCGCCACCUCUGCUAGCAUCGAAUUCUGAUACCCCGUCACCACACCACACAAGUGCUUAAUUGACCUCUAUUUAAUUGUUGUAAAUAUAAAUGUAGUAUUUUUUUGACAGAGACGAACACUAAAAAGACUGGUCGUGUAGAUAGGUGUGUGUAGAGUUGCUCUGUACAACUGUGGAGACGAACAGAGACAGACGGGCAUGGUGAAGUGAAGGGAGGGGGGUGGGGUUAGGGGCAUAAAUUCACUUACUAGUUCUCUGAUCAUGUGACAAGGAAAGGUCAGGAAGCAAAGACCCAGGCAGUCUCCUCAGGUGGACAGCUUUAGUAAUCCGAUAUAAACCUAAUAACGAUCCGGAGCUCAGGAUUGGACUGAGUAAACACAGGAAGCAGCACUGAUUGGUCAUUUUCCAUCUGCAUGCAUCACCAUCGUAACUUCCUGCUCGUUUGCACCGUAGAAACUGUCGUCAGGGCAGCGGACGUUAUGAGUUCCUUUUGAGUUUGUUUUUCCUGUUUUGAAAUCAUCCUUUUUUAUUAUUUUUAAUGCUGUCCUAAUCAAAAGGCGUUUUUUUUGGUUUUAUCCUUUUUUUUUUAUUGAACCACUGAUGUUAAUAAUUUGCACAGAGAAAGAGGUAUUUGAUAAAUAAAUGUGAUGUCAUUAUAAUAUAUGACCUUGUGUGUAUGCACAGUGUGUGUGUGUAUGUAUGUGUGUGUAGAUGUAGAAUAUGCGCAUACGAGUGCAUCGUGUACAGAUCUGGCCUUUAACAAGUGACGGUAGUGACUGUUUGAGGCUUCUUGAAACGGACGCCAACAGAUAUUAAAAAAACAAGCUGAAUUUACACAGGAAAAAAAAUCAUUUAAAUUUAUCCGAUACAUCUGAUAUAUAUAAAUCAUGAGACAUAAUUUACUUACUUGCUUACUUAUUCCACAAUGAUUGAUCUGACACCAUUUGAAUAGAAAACACCUCCCAUCUUACACUCUAAAAGUGAUAAAACAAUUUAAGAAUUAUUUUUUAAAAUUCUGCUUAAAAAAUAUCUAUCCAGAUAGGAGGUGGUCACAUGUUUGAUUGAUUCCAUUUCUAGAAGAAGCUCAAACAAGCCGCUGUGUAAGAAACUAUCUACUACUGUACUGGGUAUUCAACUUUAAACACAGUCAUAAAAACACAGUAAUAGAUAUUAAUUUAGCUCAAAAUAUAGACAGAAAACUUAACUAUCAUGUAUCAACUUUCUCUGAAAGAACUAUGAAAGAAACUAAUUUAGCAACAAAUGCUAGUCAGACUGAAGCUAGCUGAAGCGGGACAUAUCCUUAGCUCGUUUUACAGAUUUUUAUUUCUGUGUAAAAGUUUUCAGUUUGGACUUCAGCCUCCAUUUCUGUGACUUUUUAAAGGCCGGCGUCUGUAUGAGAGAUCACACUACAUGUAUGUAGAUGUACACUGUGUGGUGCAUAGAGAGUCUACAUGUGGCAGUACACUACCAGCCUUUACAAGCUGUGACACAGGUUGCUUCGGAGGACGUGAACACUAGUUUUUAGCCGAACCCAAAUGAAAUGCUAUCGCUAACGCUGAAAUCUUACAGAGCUGAAACGUUUGGGUUUGAGUUUUCAAGAGGCCCAUUUUCUCAUUCAUUUUCUCUACAGAUAUCGACUUAUAAUCUUAUAACAGAAACAACCAGCUUUGAGAUUUAUAAUAAAGAAAAUACAGAAUAUAUCCAGUAGAAACAAAAGCAAAAUAUUGCAAAGUUACUGAACUUCUAUACAUAUGCAGCAUUUAGUGACUUCACCAGAUCAAUUAGUGACCCUCGAUAUCAUUAAUAUAAUAUACUCUUGAUAUAGAAGUGACUACUAUUAUGGCAACAGUGAUAUCUCUGGUUAAAGGAAGCUAAAUAUCAUGAGAGGUGCAGUGCACAACCUGAUUUCUGAUGAUACACACCCUAAAAAUACUUCUGCUGCCAUCUGAUGAUUUACUGUUACUGUUUUUACGUCUCACUAUAUCCAUUCAAACUCUAACAGUGAUGCAACACUACACCAUGAAGCAGUGUUACACAAAAACAAGAUGAAAAUUUUAAUAUAUAGUCAACAAAGCUAUCAUCCAUUUAAUAAGCAGGAUCGAGUACAGUAUUGUCUUGGUAGGGUUAGCAAUAGACUAAAUGAGAAAAUUGUUAAUGGAUUGCAAUAUUUCAGCUCAGUAUGGACUCAUCACUGAAUAUUAUAAAGUUGGUUGUAAAUGGUACACGAGACCAUGCAACUGGACUGAUAAUUUAAAAAAAGAUUUUCCCCUGUUCCUCUUUGACCUCGUAGUACCUUUGUGUACAGUGGAAUUUCAAUUAUUUUUAUUUCCCAGGAAGCCGAUUAUGUCACAAUCUCAAACAAAAAUUUCGCUAGCAUGGCGGUAUGUCCCUCCUCCAGACUUUAAUGAAAUUAAUCACACCAAUGUCCCUAAAUGCUAUUUCACUCCAUAGUGAAGUGACUAAUACAAGCACAGUCUAUUUAAGUGCAGAGAGCGUGUAUUCACUGUGAGAAAACUACUUAUACUUGUGUAAAAUGCCCAUAUGAUUGUUGUUUUGCACCAGGAAACAUAUGUCAAGAGAUUUGAAUCCUGUAAGACAUUUAGACAGCAUAUUGAAUUUCCAUCUAGUGAGUUGGGAGCUAAAAAACGGCCUUUCUCUUUAAUGACCUUCACAGGACUCCAGUAGCUGUCUGUAAUUUACCCACAAAUGUCUAAAAAGCUCAACUGUACUGGCAGCAGCUGGGGUUGAUCUGCUUUCAGGUCAAGAUAUUAGCUCAAAGCUGCAAUUCUGAGCAUAUUUUCAAAAACUGGCGUAACAACCAAACAUGGAAAUAGUUUGGUAUUGCUUUGAAUUGCCUUGAAAGUGAAAAAAUACCUUAACUUUGCUAAAACAUGUGCUCCUAGCCAACACCCAUAAUUACAGACUGUCCAAACUUUCUGAGCAGCAACCACGUCGUAUUCACACGAUCAGGUUAUUGAACAAACUUAUUUUCUUAUAAAUUUGUCUAAGUCAGUGUCAACAAGAAAUAAGCCAAGCCUAUUACAUAGUCUCUUAUUUACGUUGUCAGACAUUAAGAUGAACACUUUAAUGUUCGGUCGGUCAAAUCGUUGUGAAAAAUGUAUCACACAUUCCUUUACGUUAGGGCUUGGUGGAUGUCAAAGAACAUAUAUUUUUUACGGAUUAUACAUUUUUUAAUGUAAUGCCAAAAUAUGCCGUUGAAAUUUUUUUAUGGCCAAAUUUAGAUUGAGUCAAGUCGAGUGAGUCUACCUCAUGGUAUGUCCUAGAUGUGGAGGAAAAAAAAGGAAUUUGUCUGAUUUGGAAGAACAGCCCGUAACAGUGUAUAAGGUUAGUAAGUAUCAUUGAAAACAUGUCUGUGUCCUCUCCGUUAACACAAAAUUGCUCAAACAUCACACGAAGACAAAGUGAAUGAGAUAUUCCACUGAAAAUGAAAAAAAAGGUUUUAUAUUUAGGUUUUUAGUGUCUUUUUUUUUGUUGUUUCCUAAAAGCACCCCUUUGCUUUACAUUUAUUUUGAGCCCAAGAAAGCUCUUCAUGCAGAUAUGUGUUUAUUUUGUUUAAAACAGUCGAUACAAGCAGUCCUAAAAUCUCACUUUUUCUUUUUUCUAUCGGGUUCAUCAUUUUAGAUCAUUUAAUUUGGGGGAAACUGUCCAUUUUGCAGAAUAAAAUGAAGCAUUUGGGGGUUGAAUUAUGCUCUUUUGACUCCUAAAGCAGGUGCCAACAUGGCCUUCCAUUGUGGGUUUGCUGUAAUGUUAAGAAAUCUGUGUUUUAUAACCUCAACUAGCCCUGGGUCAAAUCACGUGUGGAAAUAAUUCAUAAGUGUUGUUUUAAGAUGCUGUGGAUACGAUAAGUUUCUGCAGUUGCAUUAAACAAGACUAAAUUGAGCAACAGAUAAUUUGCCAUGCAUUACCAACGUACUCUCUCUGACUGUCCACUCAGUAAAGCUCACCUGUGUGGUGCUUCAAGCAGAUUAAUGUAAAAAUCAGCUGAAUUAUUUGCCGAAGCGGUUUGAUCCAGGUCUCCUCCCGAUCCCAUACAAAACACAAUAAGUCUGCUCUGUUCUGUCGCUAUUACAUCACCAUUGUCUUUUGUUUUUUUCGUUGUUUUUUUUUCAUAAUGCAAUGCACACGUUAUGAAAUGUAUAUAGUGUAAAAUAAAAAUGGGUUUGUUUUACAUACUGUAUAAUUGCCUAUAUUUUGUUUCAGAAGUGUAACAGAUUUAUGAGAUGAAAGGUUAACACAUUAAAAAGAAGGA